CAUGUGUGGAUAGCAAGCGGAAAGCGUAUGUGUGCGUUGGGCGGAAGUGGGGACGUCCUUUCUGCUCACGAACAGCCAUCAUGGUGUUCAAGCGCUUUGUUCAGAUUGGCCGCGUCGCCUACGUUGCGUUUGGAGCCAACGAGGGCAAACUGGUUGCCAUCGUUGAUGUCAUCGACCAAAACAGGGCUCUUGUUGAUGGACCCUGCACUGGAGUGAAGAGGCAGUCCAUGCCAUUCAAGUGCAUGCAGCUCACCGACUUCGUUAUCAAAGUACCUCACAGUGCCCGUCAGAAGUUUGUCAGGAAAGCCUGGGAAAAGGCUGAGGUCAACCAGAAAUGGGAGCAGAGCAGCUGGGCUAAGAAGAUUGAGGCCAAGAAGAAGCGGGCUCAUAUGUCUGACUUCGACCGCUACAAGGUGAUGAAGGCCAAGAAGAUGAGGAACAGAAUCAUCAAGCACGAGGUGAAGAAGCUCCAGAAGGAGGCAGCAAAAAAGUGAUCGGUUCCACAAAUAAACAUUUUGAAAAAACGUA